AUGACCUUUGCCGCCCUUCCAAAGAACGGUCGAGGCGCAGUGCGGCCUCCUGCUGCACGCUAUGCUCUCCACCGCUUGCUCGUCCAACGCCACGGAUGGCAAUUCCAUGGCUUGGAGCCACGCGGUGAGACCUGGGACAGCUCCUCCCCCACCGUUGCUUUGGGCAAUCGCGUUCCACAGGAUGUGGUCGCUUUGUUCGAGAGUCGGCUGACAGACCAUGGCUUGGAUCUCCAUGACUUGGCUGUCUUGGCGGCCAUGUUGGAGAACAUGGUUCAUGCGGAGGCCGACACCCGUCUGUCAGCUGCGAUGCGCGCGCAGCGCAAGCCAGCCGAGCAGCUGCUGAACAUGACCGAGACUGUGGAAGUAUUGGAAACAUACAUGGCCAGUUUCGUCCUGGGGGCAGAUAUGCAGCACUUGCAGCCAGACAACAUGCUGCAGAAGCUAAGUGAAGUGGCUGAGCAGUACCCGACAUGGCCGGCAACGCAGUCCUUCUUGCAGGAAACUCGUCAGGACAUCAUCCCUGACAAGCAGGACUUGUCCUUCAGGGACAUGUCCGAGGUUGUGGCGGCUGUUGGUGAGCGUUACGGUCGCUGGCAGAGCCACGAGUGUGCAGCCCUGAAAGAUGAGUUGCUGACCAGCGAGGAGCACCCAAACACUGGUCGCGUCCGCCUCAGUGACUUCUACGGCAUGGCACUCCACGGAGGCAAAUGGCAGUUCAGUGAGAGUGUCUCUUACUUGCGGCAGCUCGGAGCACUGGACGAGUCAGAUCCAGAUUCCAUCCGCGUGGUGAUCCCGAACUAUAUCCUUGGCCCUUCGAACUGCAUAGCAUCCUCCGGCUACUAUGCAGUCUGCUGCAUUGAUGAGUGUGACGCUCACUUGUCUGCUCUGGAAGGGAAGCUGAAGACCCAUGAAGCAUCCGCAGAAGCCGUUCUGGCUGCUGUGAAUCGCAGUGUGGCCGCCAGCUUGGUGCAGCGCCUGCAGGAAAUCGAGGCCCACCAUGGUGGCCUGGUGCCACUCCAUGGCCGGCUCUUUGCACAGUGGCUCCAUCACCUUCACCCACGCGAUUGCCCAUACCCUCACAUGUCAGGGACAACGAGCCCACUCCGGCCCGAGAUCUUCGAAGAAGAGGUUGGGGAGUCCGUUGGGGCAACUGAAGAAGAGAUGCACCAACAUGUGCAGAUGGCCUCGUGGAAGAAGGCUCCCUCGCAUGAAGAUGGCAUGUGCUCCAGCAUGUGGACCAUGGAAGAGGAGCUGGUUGAUGUUGUGGCCCAUGAGAAAGCGCUGAAAGCCAAGCGCAGAAAGAGUGCCAGUAGGGCCGUCUUGCACGGUGUGGCCCUUUCGGUGGCUGUGGUGUCCUUGGUUGUCACUGUGGCAAAGCUUUUUGCAGGUGCCAGCUCGGAUACUCCGUCAAAAACCGCACCAGAGAAAGUCAAGAUCUACACCGUCUGA